CCUGUGCCCGCGGAUCCCGCGUCCAUCUGUUCCCGAGGGCGACUCAUUCCCACGAACAGAGCUGCCCAUGGAGGACGACGCAUCCAGCCGAAGAGAGGCCAUCUCGCUCUCCUCCGUGGCCAACGGUCUUGAGAACAUGGGCGCUGAGUUCCUGGAGAGCAUGGAGGAAGGCCGGAGCCCCCUCAGCGACCGGAGCCCUGCAGAGGGCGGAGGCAGCCGGAGCCAGGCCAGCCAGGAACCCACAGGAUGGAGGAAGUUGCAGCCAGCCCUGAGAGCCAGGCACCUCUGCCGGGAGCAUGCGCAGCUGUUUCGAUGGAUCCGCACGGGCCUGCUGUGCACUGCCUGGGCCGCCUUCCUGCUGGUCGCUUGCCUCCUGGACUUCCAGCGGGCCCUGGCGCUGUUGAUCCUCUCCUCCGUGGUCCUGUCCUUCCCGGUCCACAGCCUGCUGAAGCAGCUGCUGGGGCCAAAGCUGCGGCGCUGGGCCAGGCCUCUGGGGAGCUCCCGCCUGCGCCUCUGGCUUAAGAGGGGUCUGGCCCUCGCGGCCCUGCUGGGCCUGGUCCUGUGGCUGGCUCUGGACACCGCCCAGCGGCCCGAGCAGCUGGUCUCCUUUGCUGGCAUCUGCGUGAUCCUCGGCCUCCUAUUCGCCGUCUCGAAGCACCACCGCCAGGUGUCCUGGCGGGCCGUGUUCUGGGGCCUCGGGCUGCAGUUUGCACUGGGACUCUUCGUCAUCAGGACGGAGCAGGGAUUCAUCGCAUUCCAGUGGCUGGGCGACCAGAUCCAGGUCUUCCUGAGCUACACCGAGGCCGGCUCCAGCUUCGUGUUUGGGGAGACCCUGGUCAAGGAGGUCUUUGCCUUUCAGGUGCUGCCCAUCAUCGUCUUCUUCAGCUGCGUCAUGUCGGUUCUCUACUACGUGGGCCUCAUGCAGUGGGUCAUCCUCAAGAUCGCCUGGCUGAUGCAGGUGACCAUGGGCACCACGGCCACAGAGACGCUGAGUGUGGCUGGAAACAUCUUCGUGAGCCAGACCGAGGCCCCCCUGCUGAUCCGGCCCUACCUGGCAGACAUGACGCUGUCCGAAAUCCACGUGGUCAUGACCGGAGGCUACUCCACCAUCGCCGGCAGCCUGCUGGGCGCCUACAUCUCCUUUGGGAUCGACGCGGCCUCCCUGAUCGCAGCCUCUGUGAUGGCCGCCCCCUGCGCCCUGGCCCUCUCCAAGCUGGUCUACCCGGAGGUGGAGGCGUCCAGGUUCAAGAGCGAGGAAGGAGUGAAACUCUCCUACGGAGAGGCUCAGAACCUCCUGGAAGCAGCCAGCAGUGGGGCCGCCAUCUCUGUGAAGGUCGUUGCCAACAUCGCGGCCAACCUGAUCGCCUUCCUGGCCGUGCUGGCCUUCAUCAACGCCGCCCUUGCCUGGCUGGGCAACAUGGUGGACAUCCAGGGGCUCAGCUUCCAGCUCCUCUGCUCCUACAUCCUGCGGCCUGUGGCCUUUCUGAUGGGCGUGGCCUGGGAGGACUGCCCAGUGGUGGCCGAGCUGCUGGGCAUCAAGCUCUUCCUGAACGAGUUCGUGGCCUAUCAGGAGCUCUCCCAGUACAAGCAGCGCCGGCUGGCGGGAGCCGAGGAGUGGCUGGGUGGAAAGAAGCAGUGGAUCUCCGUCAGAGCAGAAACCCUCACGACCUUUGCCCUCUGUGGAUUUGCCAACUUCAGCUCCAUCGGCAUCAUGCUGGGAGGCCUGAUCUCCAUGGCCCCCCAACGGAAGGGUGACUUCUCUCGGAUCGUGCUCCGGGCACUCCUCACGGGUGCCUGUGUGUCCCUGGCGAACGCUUGUGUCGCAGGCAUCCUCUACGUUCCGCGGGGCCCCGAGGUGGACUGCGCCUCCCUCCUCAACCAGACCCUGAGCAGCAGCAGCUUCGAGGUGUACCAGUGCUGCCGCCAGCUCUUCCAGAGCCCCAGCCCUGAGCUCACCCCAGUGGCCCUGGCCAACUGCUGUCGGUUCUACAAUCACACAGUCUGUCCGUAGUCAGGCCCGCGGCUGCCUUCCCCAGGACGAGGCCACCUGCCCUCUCGCUCCGGACGUCUAAGGCUCGGCACACCCCGUCACCAGCCGGGGUGGUGGGUGAAUGGACAGAGCGAGUGGGUGCUCCGUGAGAGACACCCCUCGCCUGCUCCCCAUUCCUGCCUCCUCAAAUGUGAAUCCUCAGGGGCCCCUUUGCCGCCUCCUCUCUCUACUUAUCCCAGCAGCAGCCCAGUCUUCUGUCCCUCCCGCCCUUGGUUCUGCCCCUGCACCCUGUGCUUCUGGGCCCAGCCACCUCGUCUGGGCGCUGGAAGUUUGCUGGUGCUUUUGCCCAUGGACGCCCCCAACUACUCACAGACCCCCACCCACACUCGUGGGGGGCAGACGUCUCAGCGUCAGCGGCUUGGGAAGGCCGGGCCUGGUUGGCCAGAUGGGGCUGCCGUUUCUGACUGUGAACUGCUGGAUGGGAUUGCAGGGGGUUACAUAAAUCAGGUUUCUUGA